AUGGCGUACCCCGGGCACCCUGGCGCCAGCGGCGGCUUCUACCCAGGCGGGCAAUAUGGAGGGGCUCCCGGAGGGCCUUCAUUUCCCGGACAAACUCAGGAUCCGCUGUAUGGUUACUUUGCUGCUGUAGCUGGACAGGAUGGGCAAAUAGAUGCUGAUGAGUUGCAGAGAUGUCUGACGCAGUCGGGCAUUGCUGGAGGCUACAAGCCUUUUAACCUGGAGACUUGUCGGCUUAUGGUUUCAAUGUUGGAUAGAGACAUGUCUGGUACAAUGGGUUUCAAUGAGUUUAAAGAACUCUGGUCUGUACUGAAUGGCUGGAGACAGCACUUCACCAGCUUUGACAGUGACCGAAGUGGUACAGUGGAUCCUCAGGAAUUACAGAAGGCCCUGACAACUAUGGGAUUUAGGUUGAGUUCUCAGGCCGUGAAUUCAAUUGCAAAGAGAUACAGUACCAAUGGCAAGAUCACCUUUGAUGACUACAUUGCUUGCUGCGUCAAACUGAGGGCCCUCACAGACAGCUUUCGAAGACGGGACACUGGUCAGCAAGGUGUUGUGAACUUCCCAUAUGAUGAUUUCAUUCAGUGUGUCAUGAGUGUUUAA